AUGCCUUCUCGUCGAAGACUGUCACUUGUCGAUGGACGGCACACCUUCCGAAGCAGACUGAAACGUGCACUAUCUCUGUCAUCCUCCGAAUCCAGCAACGAAGCCAGAAGCCAAAGACCAGAAAUGAAUCAUUCCGCCCGGCAUGCGAUGUCUUCCGACAACAAUGGAGCUGUCAGACGCAGAAAAGUCGGAAUUGAAGCUGAUAAUCAGGAUGGUUACCAAUGGCGUCCGUGGGAGAUGAAAUCUGAGAAUGAGACAAGUCGGCCCCAGACUGCAUUCGACGGCGAGCCCGAACAGUCCACACAAAAUAGCAUUAUUGCACUGAAAUGUGGAUCAGAAUCUUUAGCAGAUUCUGUUAACCGACAGGUUGCUUGGAAUGAGACGAUCCGGCAUGAUCUGGAAGAUGCCCUGAGCCGGCUCGCCACCAUGGAGACUCGAAUGAAAGAUUCGAUGUUCCAGAAAAAGUCUGCAGUGUCGAGAACAGGUCAGCCAAUAGUGAGAUAA